AUGGCCGACGACGGCGCCAAGGACCUCGCCCGCUUCGCCGCCACCUACGCCGAUGAGGAUGUCGACCUCUACGACCUUCUCGGCGUCGACGCCCUCACCCCCAAGGAGGACAUCCACCGCGCCUGGCGCAAGCGCUCCCUCAAGCACCACCCCGACAAGGCUGGUGCCGCCUUCGACGCGGCCACAUGGGAAUGCUUCGAGCGCGCCCGUGACAUCCUCUCGGACCCUACCGCCCGCGCCGUCUACGACAAUGCUUCCAAGGCCAAGCUUCUCCGCCGCCAGGAGCGCCAGGCGAUGGAAAAGGAGGAUAGGCGUUUCGCCGACGACCUCGAGGCCCGCGAGGCCGCCGCCGCCCGCCUGCGCGCCGAAGGAGAGCAGCGCGACAGGGAGGCCCUGCAGAGGGAGAGGGAGCGCCUCGCGGGCGUCCAGAGGAGGAGGGAGGAGGAGACGCGCCGGCAAGAGCUGGCCGCCCAGGAGGCCGAGGAUCUAGCCGAGGCCAAGAGGCGGCUUCGCGAGAAGAAGGAAGAGAAGGCUCGGAGGCGCGAGGCCAAGGAGUCGAUGAAGGCAUCCAUGAGCACCAGUAAAGCGUCAGGCCCGUCCAACGGCACCGUCAACGUCCCCGGCGACUACCUUUUUACGGCCGCCAAAGUCGACAAGAAGUACUGGGAGCUCGUCUGCGACAAGCUAAAGGCGGCCCAAACGGUCCGGAACCUACAAAGGACAGCAGCCUCGGCCUCGGAGCUGGAAGAGGCCGAGAGGGGGCUCGAGGAAGCCCGGAGAUGGAUACACGAGGCCGAAGGCAAAUACGAGCGAGAAACAGCAGCGUUUUGA